AUGAGCGUGAUCAGAAAGCAGUUGUUGCUGAGAAACUUCUCGUCAGUCGCGGCAAUCCUCAACAAGCCAACCACCCACUUUGGCUUCAAGGAUGUUCCGGUGGACCAGAAGGAGAAGUUGGUCGGGAACGUGUUCUCCUCCGUCGCCUCUAAUUACGACGUCAUGAACGACGUAAUGUCUAUGGGGGUGCACCGUUUGUGGAAGGAUCACUUUAUUCGCCGCUUGGACCCCGGUUUGAGACCGGGCGCGGACCCUAAGAAGCCCCUUGAGUUUUUAGACGUGGCGGGUGGGACCGGUGACAUUGCCUUUGGCUUGAUGAACCACGCUGCCGUGAAGCACAACGACCAUUCUGUGCGCAUGACCGUGGCUGAUAUUAACCCGGACAUGUUGGCGGAGGGUCACAAGCGCUACCUUGCAAACUUCCAGCAGCAGAUCGACCCGUCGCGCAUCCAGUUCAUGGAGGCUAACGGGCAGCGCAUGGAAGAUGUGGCCGACAACUCCAAGGACUUGUACACCAUUGCCUUUGGGAUCAGAAACUUUACCGACAUCCAAGCAGGGUUGAACACGGCCUACCGUGUGUUGAAGCCGGGCGGCGUGUUUGCAUGCUUGGAGUUCUCCCAGGUCGACAAUGCGUUCAUCGAUAAGUUCUACCAGAUGUACUCAUUCUCGCUUUUGCCAUUGAUGGGCCAGUUGAUUGCCAAUGACAGAGAAUCGUACCAGUACUUGGUCGAAUCCAUUCGCAAGUUCCCGAAGCAGGAGGAGUUUAAGUCGAUGAUCGAGAAGGCCGGCUUCUACGUGCCUCCAGACAGAGGUUAUGAGAACUUGACCUUUGGCGUCGCCGCCAUCCACAUCGGGGUGAAGUUGUAA